CGUAUCUCCCCCUCCCCCCUAUUCCUCGCAUAGCAGCCACAACCACUGGGAGCGCGGCCCCUUUAAGAGCCCAGCUUUGCCUCCCGGUAGCUGAAGGUCAUUAAACACAAAAGCUCUCCAGCGCUGCGGUCCAAUAUAGCGCAUGCGCCCUGCCCGAGGACUGGCAGGGAGACGGCAAUAUGGCGAGAAUGCCUGGCAGCGGCGGAGGAGAGUGGAGCACCGGGGGCGGCGGCAGCGGCGCAGGAAGCGGCGGCGGGGCAGGUGGCGGAGAGAACAAUGCCGGGGACCGGCAGCCCGGCCGGGGUGCCCCCCACCGGCCCCUCCACUAUUGCAGCGCAGGGGAGGAAGAGGACGGGGAGGACGAGGAUGAGAUCCAGGAGGUGCAGAUAACGGGGGACGAGGAGGCAGCCGACGGGGGGAUCCUGCUGCUGGACGAGGAGGAAGACGACGAGGAGGAGAUGAUGGGGCUGGAGUGGGACGCAGACGAGGAACAGGGCCAUAUGAUCCGUAUGGACCAGGGCAACGGGGCGCUGCUGGACUCUCCUGCGGCUGCCGUCUGCGGCGUCAGGGGCCGCCUCGGUGCCGUCAGGGGAGGCGGCGGAACAGGCGCCAGCAGCGGCGUCGGGACUGUGGGCUGCGCUCCCGCGGUGCCCGUUAGCGCCCGCGGCGCUCCCGCCUCCGCGGCGGGGAACUUGCCCCCCGAGGACUCGGACCCGGAGGCGGAGCUGUUGCUGCAGCGGCCCGAGCGGGCCCGGCUGAGCGAGAACACGCGCCUGGCCACCCGCUACGCGGUGCGCAUCUUCCGCGAAUACCUGAGCGAGAAGGCGCAGAGCCCGGACUUCGAGACCAUGGACAAGGGGGCGCUGUGCCGGGUGCUGCGCUCCUUCUACGCCGAGGCGCGCUCCAAGAGCGGGCAGCUGUACUCCAAGUCGUCGCUCAUCAGCAUCCGCAGCUCCCUCAACCGCUACCUCAACGAGCCUCCUUACUGCCGCACCCUCGACCUCACCAAGGACCCGGAGCUGCGCGCCGCCAACCUGACGCUGGCCGCCGUCAUCCGCAAGCUGGAGGAGCAGGGCGCCGGCCCGGUGGUGCAGAAGCAGGCCAUCACCCGCGCCGACCUGCGCAAGCUCUACACCUGCAGCGUCUUCAGCACGCAGAGCCCCUUCGGGCUCCUCAACAAGGUCUGGUUCGAGACCUGCAUGUACUUCUGCACCCGUGGCCGGGAGAACCAGCGCGAGCUGGAGGAGGACUCCUUCGGGCUGGCCAUGGACGAGGACGGGCGCAAGUUCGUCUACUUCAAGGCGCUGGGGCCCUACCACAAGUCACGCUCCUCCUCGUGGAGCAAGAAGCGCGCCGAGAGCAGCGACGAGGAGAACCUGCCGCGCAUGUACGAGACAGGCACCGAGUUUUGCCCCUACGCCAGCUUCGUCAAGUACCUGGCCAAGCGCAACCCGCUUUGCAAGGCCUUCUUCCAGCGCCCGCGGGACCACUGCAGCGAGGGCGACGUCACCUGGUAUGAGAACAAGGCCAUCGGCAAGAACCUGCUGGGCACCCGCAUGCAGAUGCUCUCCAAGGCCGCCAAGCUCUCCAAGACCUACACCAACCACUGCAUCGGCGCCGUCUCCGUCGCCACCCUCAACAGCAUCGCCGGCAUCGGCACCAAGCUGCCUCCAGGCGCCGGCGCCGCCGGAGGAGGCUGCUGCGCCCUCAACGGCAGGGCCCGCCCCUCGUCCUACAUCCUCCCCAAGGACGGCCGGGGCUCUCCUCUCGUCAAGGCCGAGGCGCCGGCCAAGCGCUCCCUCUACGAGGCCCUGUACGCGGCGGGGGGCGGGGCCGCGGCGGGGGGCGACGCCUGCGGUCCCUCCUCGUCCCCCAAAAGACUCUGCCUGAGGCCGGCCGAGCCCCUGGACGCCGCCGCCCCUGUGGUGGUUGUCUCAGUGAAACACGAUCCCUUGCCUCUCCUCAUGCCCGAAGCCAAUGGGCACAGAAGCGCCAACUCUCCCACAGUCAUGUCACCUGCUAUUGUUUCCCCCACACAGGACAGUCGGCCCAAUAUGUCAAGACCUCUGAUCACUAGGUCCCCUGCAUCUCCUUUGAACAAUCAAGGCAUCCCCACGCCAGCCCAGCUAACAAAAUCCAAUGCACCAGUACAUAUUGACGUGGGUGGGCACAUGUAUACCAGCAGCUUGGCUACUCUUACUAAGUACCCCCGAUUCAAGGAGAGCAGAAUUGGGCGGCUUUUUGAUGGUACAGAGCCAAUUGUUUUGGACAGUCUAAAGCAGCACUACUUCAUCGACAGAGAUGGCCAAAUGUUUAGAUAUAUUUUGAACUUUCUGCGAACAUCAAAACUUCUUAUACCUGAUGAUUUCAAGGAUUACAGUUUGUUAUAUGAAGAAGCAAAAUAUUUUCAGCUUCAGCCCAUGCUGGGGGAAAUGGAAAGGUGGAAACAAGAUCGGGAGACAGGCCGAUUUUCAAAGUCUUGCGAGUGCUUGGUUGUGCGAGUUGCUCCAGAUCUCGGAGAAAGGAUAACCAUGAGUGGUGACAAGUCUUUGAUAGAAGAAGUUUUCCCAGAAAUUGGUGAUGUGAUGUGCAAUUCUGUCAAUGCAGGGUGGAAUCAUGAUUCAACACAUGUCAUCAGAUUUCCUUUAAAUGGAUAUUGUCAUCUUAAUUCAGUUCAAGUACUUGAGAGGUUACAACAAAGAGGGUUUGAAAUUGUUGGCUCAUGUGGAGGAGGGGUGGACUCUUCCCAGUUCAGUGAAUAUGUACUUAGGCGAGAACUCAGAAGGACAUCUCGUUCAUCCUCUGUCAUUCGAAUAAAACAAGAGCCUCUGGAUUGAGGAAAUUUGUUUUCUCAUACAACAACAAAAAAGAGGACCCUUUUCAUGUGCAGUUGGGACACAAAAGAGCCCUGGGGAAAAAAAAAACUGAAUAAAGACAUAUUUAUAUUGAAUAUAGAGACCAUACCUGUAUUCAUAUGGAACCAUUUGGAAUACUAAUAAUAACCUCAAGGUGUAAAAUAUGUAUAUGUGAAAAGUUAGAUAAUGCAAAAAGAAAAAAAAACCCUUAAAAUGGUAGAUGAGGUUGGUGCUGUGAUGGCCAUUAAGUGUCCUAGGCCUUAGCUAGGCCUGAUUUAACAAUAAACAAGCCAUUGCUGUAGGGGAAGACACAAUUCCUUUUCAUUUUCCAUUGCCAACUAGCAAUCUGCUUUUCAGUGUGUAUAUCUUAAAUCAAGUUUGUUUGCAGAUGUUUGUCAUAGAGGUGACUGGGCACAACUUCAUUCCAUCCAUGAUAUAACAGAGUUCAUCAACUGGAAUUUUAAAUGUAGCUUGUACAGAAGUCAUAAACUUCUGUCCACCUGACAAAUGUGACCAUUAUUCUUGUUGGGUUUUUCUCCCUAAAGGUGCCAGAAUUUAUUAUUAGUUGGUAGAGUUGCUCUGGUUUGAGUCCAGUGCUUUAGUAUGUUUAUUCCAAUUUUAUAAUACAUAAAAUACAAUAAUUUCUGUUAAAAUGUUCUGUUUAAGCCAACAUUAGCCAAAAAAUGUAAAAUAAAAAAAAUCAAAAUUAGCUUUUAACUUGCUCUGUUAUGCAUUUGAUAUGUUCAGUAGACAAUAAAUGAUGUUGAGUUCUGUGUGAAACAAAAAUAUGAAGGCAUAAGAAAGUAAGUUAAAAAUGAUGUACUUUAUCUUUAGUAUGUCAUAGCAACAGUUUGAUGCACCUUAUACUUUCCAUCCAGACUUGGAUUUUUUCCAGCCUUGCUUAAUAAUUUGACGUGGUCAUUUUAGAGGAGCUUUUGAGUUCUGUAUAAUAUUUUGUAAGUGAUUAAAUUGAAAAUUGUACGACUUAACUUUUAACUGCUUCUAACACUAAUGUCCCUGCUUAGGAUAUUCUCAGCAGUACCCAUAAAGUCAGGCCUUGAAUUUCACACUGAAACGUUUUCUCCCUCACGUUUUCAAGCUGUAUUACUUUGCAUAGUUGCACCCAAGUUAUCCAAACUAGAUGUGGCAUUUUUAAGUGAGUUGGAUCCAUGGUUGCUGAACCCAUUUCACUUUUCCUACAGAAUCAAGACUUUGGGGGGGGGGGGUGCAGCUUCUGCAUUUUGUACUGGGCAGUCUAAUCCAAUUAGUCUUCAGAAAGGUUCCUGAUUUACAGCCUAAAGACUGUAACAUAGUUCAGAUGGGUUUUCACCAUGCUUUACCAGCAACAACUUUUUUCUCAUUCUGCCUAGUAUGUUGGGUUGGAGCCUGUGAGGCUGUUUUGGUAGUGGAGAUGCUUUUGUCCAUCCAGUGGAAGGAGCCUUCCACUAACACAAUAGCAUCUUACAUAAGGGGAAGCCACUUUCUGCUCGAAAAAAAAGCAGCUCUGCUAGCAGAACUGAUCUAUGGGACCCAGUCCUCUGCUUUUUUAUUUUAGUUAUCAGGGAGUUGCACCAUAAAAAUUUGGGUUCAGUGCCAGUUCAGGUUCAAAAGUGUGUUAUUCAACUUUCCAGGUUAUAGGGCUGUCAGGUCUCCUGCUAUGGUAGCCCUCUUUGCCCACUGCCACUAAAUAAAUAAACCAGCAAUAUCAGCAGCAUUGCUACGUCACUUCCUGGAAAAAACCAGAGUUUCCAGCAAUUGCUAGAGUUGCCCUAGGACACUUCUGGGUUUUCCCUGCAAGUGAUGUAGCAAUGCCACCAACAUUGUAUCUCCCAUGAUCUCCCAACAUUCCUGUUGGUUGCUAGGCUUGCCAAAUUCGGUAAUCAUUUUGGACCAGUUACAUAUCAGAAAGAACACCACUCUAUUUGCUUGCAAUAUUACUCUGUAAAAUGGGCAGGGAAGUUUAAAAUGGGGAGGGUUAGCUCAAUACUUAAGUUUUAAUCUGAUUUUAUUAAUCAGUUUGUAACUUUGCCUGAGGUUUUCCUGAGUGACAUGGAUUUAAAUUUUCAUCUCUGGCAACUACUGAAGGAGACCUUUCUACCUAGGAGAAAAUCACUGCAUAGUACUUGCUUGGUUUAGAGGAGGGUGGGGGUGGCUAUUUUGUAAACUUCUUAAUCUCCUGAUGCAUAAACCUAGUUAUUGAACUAUAUGCAAUAACAUAAUAUCACAGUUCUUUUUUCCCCCAUGAGCUUUGGUUUUUACUAACAUUACUUUGUCUGUGUUGUAUAUAAUAAAACAGUUUCUGUAUCAUUAACUUGCAAGCCUUAAUAAAAAAAGUAGAACAAGCAAUAUGCAAUUAUAGAAGGAAAAUCUCCUCAAAGCCAGAGGUGAAUUUUCGGCCUAGCCAGCCAGGAAGGCCUUGGGCAAAAUAAUGAAGUUAUUUUAGUUUCAGGUUAUUUUAUUAAUCAGCUUAAAACAGCUAGCCACCAUCUUCCUCCACCCCUUUCCUCCUCUUUUCAUAGCCUACCUUCCUUUUUAAAUAUUUAAAUAUCCCCUAUCCCAUCACUCUUUUUUUCUUUCAAGAAGCCCCACUAUUGGCAAAAAGGGGAAAGAACUUCACCUGUUUUGAUAUGGUGUAAUCUGCAAGGAGGAACCACUGUUAGAAGCUGCUAGGCUCAGUCAGUUCAUUAAUCCUCCACACUGAGGCCUUGUUUUUUCACAAGAAUUGUGAGUGGACGAGCCUCUUCUUGAGCUCCAGGAGGCCUACCAAUUUUUCCCUCUGUUCACUACUUUUCAGAUGGUUCACUGGGAAAUAGUUUCUCCAAAUACAGCCAAAGCAGAGAGGAGGCCUUGCUAACCCUCAAAAGAAUCUUCUGAAUGCUUGAUUGUUGAACAACUUAUUUUGAACCUGUUGCCCUUUUUGUGUUUAAGAGUUCUGUUGACCUUCACAGCAACCAAGACAUUUUGAGUCCGUUUCAGUUCACUGAAAAACCUUCCUGGACCAGUUUUUGUGUUCAUGUUCAUAUUUGGUUCAACAUCCUGAUCCUAACAAAAUUGUGUUGUCUUUUUUUUUUCCAGUUCAGGACCAACAUGAUUGUUUACAUUAGUUUUGUCCAAGUUAUUCCACCAACUUUAUCUUGGGAAGAGAUUUCAGAGUAGAUGUAUUACAGAAGGCUUAAAUUGUUCAUGGAAUGAUAUUUUAAUGCAUAACAUCCAAUAACCUUUUCCCCCACUCCCUUAUUCAUCCCCCAAAGUACAUUUUUAUAUGCAAUAUUGCAUUCUAUGACUACACACAUUUUCUUUGUGGAACAUGCCAUUGAAACAAUGGUGCAAACAUCUCAUUCCUUUUAGUAAGAUUUGAAAUGUAGAGUUCCAUGUCUAUAUAAUAUACAUCUAACCACAACAAAUUAAAGUUUAAACCAUGUUAGGUUAAUUAUGUAUUGUUGCAGUGAGUACAUGACAAGAAACAAGCCCCAUUUAGAACUAUUUGGUAUGUUGAUAGCAAGACAGUUUCAUCUGAUGUUGUCCUACAAAGCUAAGUUUAUAUAACAAAUGCAAUUUUGUUUAUCUAAUGUGGUACCCAACCAAAAAUGGUUAAAUUCUUUCUAAAGGAUAAAUUUUCAGUAACAUCAAUGUAGAGUUGCACUGAGAAAGGGGCUUAGGUAAAUUUUGACUCAGUUCUAUUGAACCGAUGUAUUUGAAUUACAGUUAACUGCUUGGGGUUUUCAAUAAUGGCAAUCUUGAUGAAAUAAACAUGUUCAUUUUUA